GGGCGGCAGGGAGAGGCGGAGCGGCGGCGGUGCCGCCUGACAGGUGCCGCGGACGGGGAUCGUGCGACGCGCGCCCCGUCCCUCUCUCCCUCCCUCCCUCUCUGUGUCCCGCACACGGCUCCCCCGGCUCCGCGGACGGGCGGGCAGCAUGAGCCGGGGCGGGGGCAGACCUCGGGCGGCGGCGGUGUCGGCGGCGCUGGUCGUGGCGCUGAGCUGCGUGUGGCCCGCGGGGGAGGCUCAGCUUGCCGGGGUCCUGGACGAUUGCCUGUGCGAUAUAGAGAGCAUCGACAGCUUCAAUACCUACAAGAUCUUCCCCAAGAUGCAGAGGCUGCAAGAACGAGACUACUUUCGCUACUACAAGGUUAAUCUGAAGAGACCUUGUCCUUUCUGGGCAGAUGAUGGCCACUGUUCAAUAAAAGACUGUCAUGUGGAACCCUGCCCCGAGAGCAAAGUUCCAGUUGGAAUUAAAGCCGGGAGUUCUAAUAAAUAUUCCAAAGCCGCAAAUAACACCAAAGAAAUGGAAGACUGUGAGCAGGCGAAUAAGCUUGGAGCAGUUAACAGCACAUUAAGUAAUCAGAGUAAAGAAGCCUUCAUUGACUGGGCAAGAUACGACGAUUCCCAGGACCACUUCUGUGAACUGGACGAUGAAACGUCUCCGUCCGCCCAGUACGUAGACCUGCUGCUGAACCCCGAGCGCUACACUGGCUACAAAGGGUCCUCUGCCUGGAGAGUGUGGAACAGCAUCUAUGAGGAAAACUGUUUCAAGCCUCGGUCUGUCUAUCGGCCUUUAAAUCCACUGGCACCUAGCAGGGGGAAGGAUGAUGGAGAAUCCUUCUACACGUGGCUAGAAGGCUUGUGUCUCGAGAAAAGAGUCUUCUAUAAACUCAUCUCUGGACUUCAUGCCAGCAUUAAUUUGCACCUGUGUGCAAAUUACCUCUUAGAAGAAACCUGGGGGAAACCUAGCUGGGGACCAAACGUCAGAGAGUUCACGCGGCGCUUUGUGGACACGAAAGGGGAAGGCCCCAGGCGGCUCAAGAACCUCUACUUUCUGUACCUCAUUGAGCUGCGCGCCCUGUCCAAGGUGGCCCCCUACUUCGAGCGAUCGAUCGUGGAUCUGUACACGGGGAACAUGGAGGAGGACGCCCAAACGAAAACCCUCCUGCUGGAUAUCUUCCAAGACACCAAGUCCUUUCCUAUGCACUUUGAUGAGAAGUCCAUGUUCGCCGGGGAGAAAAAGGGAGCCAAGUCCUUGAAGGAAGAGUUUCGGUUGCAUUUCAAGAAUAUAUCCCGUAUAAUGGACUGCGUUGGCUGUGACAAAUGCAGGCUCUGGGGAAAAUUGCAGACCCAAGGCUUGGGAACGGCGCUAAAGAUUUUGUUUUCCGAAAAAGAAAUUCAGAAGCUUCCAGAGAACAGCCCGUCGAAAGGUUUCCAGCUCACCCGACAAGAAAUAGUCGCUCUCAUAAACGCAUUUGGAAGACUCUCCACGAGCAUAAGAGAACUGCAGAAUUUUAAGGUUUUAUUACAACACAGUAGGUAAUAAAGACUCUCGCCCGCCCGGUUAGCGACGACCCUACAGUGACUCCGGGAAGUCUUUGAACGUUCGGACAUUCAGCAGGGAGACACCAAUCUUCUAGGACUUAACUAAUUUUGAACUCUUGCAGGAGAAAUUCAUGUUCCAACUUGAAUAUUUAUGAUCCUUAAUAGAGGGAACGGAUCCCGAUGAGAGGAGCUAUUUAUGAAUGAAGUGUAUAGUUUUUAAACCUGUAAACGAUACCGAUCUGUUCGAUUCCACGCGCUUCCCCACCUGUCCGCCGCCCCGAAUCACUAGAUUCUCCCUUUUCCUUGCUAAUCUGAAAUAACCCCGUCCUCGUCCCGGCACCGAGGCUCAUCACCCGGAAGAGUAAGGUAGCUGCUGUCUGCCGGCAGCUCACGAAGCGACUUAUCCACGCGUUUCCUUCCGAUGUUCCUCUAAAGGGGAUCCCGGCCGUAAAGGUCGGCUCACACUUGUACACCUGGUUUGCAGAAUGAAAGGGGAAAUCUUCCAGAUGUGGUUCAAGCAGGAGCUUGAGGAAGAUCAGGAAUCCAUCUCUUUCGGCCCCUGCCACGUUUCGGGGUGGAAGGUCCCGGUCACGACACCCACCCGCAGGUCGAGUGAGCGAUGGACGGAGAUGAGGCGAGCCUUCGCGGGGGAGAGGGGGGUCUCUGCGGCUGGCCGCCCCAAAAGCCGCCUCGGGCUUGAUACCCAGGGUUACAGCCCGGCGACCCUCUACCCACGACCCCGGGUCCAGAAUCCUAAAACGGAUGGUUUUCGUUCUCUCCCAGAACGGGCGGAGUUGUCCUUUGGAGCAACACGAUACAUCUUCCCAGGCAAUUCAUUUUUAACGAGCCUAAGAUUUAUGGCAAGAGGAAAAAAACCACAGGCAGAACUUGCAUUCUUUAAUUGCAACUAGGCCUUUUAAAGAAAUACUUGGUUUUUUUAAGACUUUUACCAUCUAUGCAAUCCCCACCCCCGCCGCACUUGCCCCCAAACCCUUAAUCUAGCUUUCUUAGGUAGAAUAUUGAAACGUCCAGCGAAUUCAGGGGGGUGUGAUUGGAUCCUUUGUGGUUCAAGGUGAGUUCAAGACCGCCCACUGUAUUCAGUAAAGCAGUAGAUGAUGAUUUUCUGAAUUUCAGUGAUUAACCUCCGACCAAGGAAGGCAGACGCUAUACUAUUUUGAUGAUUGAAAAAGCUGAGGUAGCCCGAGUGCUGGUGUUUAAUGAGGAAGUUUGCCUCCGUUUGAUUAAUAGCUGGUAGGACCUACCAAAAAGUCUAUAUUUCGUAGCCACUUCGGUUUUUACAAAGCGAAUGAAAAAGUGCUCUUAAACCAUUUUUUCAUCCUGUCAGAGUCUGAGCUGUGCUUGGAGUGGAGAGUGAAAAGGAUCUGGUUCAACAAGUUUGAACGUAAAAGGGCUCGUUCGACUCCUUGCGGGGUUUGGGCCAGGUUGUUUUGAAGAGUGACUAAUGAAAUCAUUUUCCUGGUUUGUGUGUGCGUGUCUAGUUAGCGCUAUUAAGAUCUUGGUAAAUCGCAAUUUCAAGUCCGCAGUAGUUUGGAAAUGAUAGCAACUGGGGCUUGCCCUUGACACCCAUCAUUUUUUAAGUUCCGUUUUCUGUUGGAGUUUUCUGUGCGUGCUUUCACAGUGCCCUGACUUUGACCGUUUGAGGAUUUAAUGUAGUAGGGGUGAGAACCUUUGCUUCUUUCUGUUUAUUGCCCUAAUUUCCGGUGUUGUGAUUUCUUUUUCCCCCCACAACCUUGGAGAAAACAGUCUGCCAGAGUGCCGUGGAGAAGGUGAGACAGUUCCGAGUCCCUUAUGUGUCAGACUGAAUUGAUUUGAACCAAAAUGCUCAUUUCCAAGAGGAGGGAAACCCAAUGUAUCAUUGGAGGGGGAGGAGUGGGGACGGUUUUGGAAGUGCAUCUUGGUGACGCCUUCCUCGGUCCCGGCUGCUGCGAUGUUUGGUGCAUUUCCGAAAUCAAGCCGCUGCCUCCGAGAGCUUCGGGGGGUCCUAGCGUCCACGCCGUUGUCCGGGUGUCAAGCGAGAUCGGCGGAGCUGUCGGUAGCCUUCGGAACCGUCCCCGGAGGGUCCCUCCGGCCCCCUCCCUCGUCGGCAUAAAAUGACCCAAAUGAUUGUAGCAGCUGAUGACGUAAUAAAAGACCUGCAGGGAAA